UUGUUGAAUCUAUGCCACGAAGGAUUACGGCAGUGGCUUGCUUGUCCUGAUCCACAAUCCUUACCGGUUGGUGGCGGUAAUGCACCAAAUUGUUGUUUGCCAACCACCAUUAAACUCAAGAAGAAGAAGAUUAAAGCACCUUCCAGAAUAUCUUCGCCUGUAAGGCGUAGCUGCUUCCAAGCGAAGUGAAAUGGCCUUUCAUAUUCCUGUGGACAUCCUGGAAGGAGUUUUCCUGAAUCUGCCUGCCCACCUGGUGGUCAGUGUGUGUCGGUUAGUUUGCAGUCAGUGGAAAGAUGUGGCAGACAGCGAGUCUUUCUGGAGAGAAAGGUGCAGAAGAAACGGGUAUCACCUCCGCGAAUCUUCCAAAGUACCGAGCGACUGGAGGUUGUUUUACUUCAUGUGCAAGAAGAGGAGAAAUCUAAUAAAAAAUCCAAGAGGAGAAGAUGAACUUCAGGGUUGGGAGAUAAUUAGGAAUGGUGGUGAUGGGUGGAGAAUAGAGAGACCUAUGGCACCACACCCAAAUACAGAAGUACAGACAAACUUUGUGACUUCCUUCAGUAUGUGCUCAAAGUCGCAGCUUAUUGAUUUGGAGGAGGAGGGUUACAGCCAGGCUUUUAUGGAUGAGUUUCAGCCCCACAUCAGGGUAUCCGACUGGUACGCGCCGCGGUGUGACUGUAUAUACAAUAUGUCUGUGAAGCUACUGCAUAGCAACAAGGAAGUUAUUCAGGAAUUUACUCCCGAUACUCUUUACUUACCUGAACAGGAUAAUCAGACGUGGAAACAGAUGAUCCAUGUGUUUAAGGACUAUGGACCAGGAGUGAGAUAUGUCUAUUUUGAGCACGGUGGUAAAGAUUUAGUUUUCUGGGCAGGAUGGUAUGGCAUUCGCUUAACAGAAACAUGCAUUGAAUUAUGUCCAACAUUGGACACAUAACUCGUGAACCCUAGAAUUGUUGAGAAGACUGUUUUUAACUGCCUUUCUAUACUUAAUAAUCACUUUUACUCUUUAUGUCUUUAAACGCCUUACUCCUGAGAAACAUGCUACAGAGAAGUCAUAAACGCUGUUAAAUAAAGAUCAUUUUUAAUCCUG